AUGGGUAUUAAGCAACUCUUCCAGAUCAUCAAGGAGGAAGCUCCAGAUUCGAUCAAGGAGGGUGAGAUCAAGAACCAGUUCGGCCGCAAGGUCGCCAUUGAUGCUUCAAUGAGUAUCUACAGUUUCCUCAUCGCCGUACGAUCCGAAGGCCAGCAGCUCAUGAACGAGAGCGGCGAGACAACAUCGCAUCUCAUGGGCAUGUUCUACCGUACUCUACGCAUGGUCGACAACGGCAUUAAACCCCUCUACGUGUUCGAUGGUGCACCGCCUAAGCUUAAGUCUGGCGAGUUGGCCAAGCGUUUCCAGCGCAAGCAGGAAGCUACCGAAGGCCUCGAGGAGGCUAAGGAGACCGGUACAGCAGAAGAUAUUGAGAAGUUCUCACGACGAACUGUUCGUGUCACCCGAGAGCACAAUGCUGAGUGCCAGCGUCUACUCAAGCUCAUGGGAAUUCCUUACAUCAUUGCACCUACUGAGGCCGAGGCCCAGUGUGCUGUCUUGGCCCAGGCUGGCAAGGUGUAUGCGGCCGCCAGUGAAGAUAUGGACACACUUUGCUUCAAUGCACCCAUUCUGCUGCGUCAUCUUACCUUCAGCGAACAACGAAAGGAACCUAUUCAGGAGAUCCACCUCGAGAGGGUCCUCGAAGGCCUGAACAUGGAGAGGAAGCAGUUCGUGGAUCUUUGUAUCCUGCUCGGCUGUGAUUACCUUGACCCAAUUCCCAAGAUCGGCCCCAGCACUGCCCUAAAGCUGAUUCGUGAGCAUGGCUCAUUGGAGAAGGUUGUCGAGGCGAUUGAGAAGGAUGCCAAGAAGAAGUAUACUAUUCCAGAGGACUGGCCCUACAAGGAUGCUCGGGAUCUAUUUUUCGAGCCCGAUGUGCGACAAGCCGACCACCCUGACUGCGAUUUCAAGUGGGAGAAGCCCGACAUGGAAGGCCUUGUUCAGUUCCUCGUCACAGAGAAGGGGUUCUCAGAGGAUCGUGUUCGCAGUGGAGGUGCCCGGUUGGAGAAGAACCUCAAGAGCUCUCAACAAGCUCGACUAGAGGGUUUCUUCAAGCCUCUUCCCAAGACAGAUGCUGAGAAAGCAGCACAUAAGCGAAAGCUGGAUGAGAAGAACGAAGAGAAGCGAAAGAAGGCCAAGCAGGAGAAGAAGGACAAGGCUGCUUCCAAAGCGAAGCCUCGAGGUACCAAGUGA